UCACAGAUUUUUUAUCACUCUAAAUACACCGGCCAUGGCAGAUUUUGCCAAUCGUCGUAUAUCCAAACUGCCAUUUCUUCGCUGGUUCACAUUUACCGAUAUAAGAAAAACUACUGCAUUUUCAUCUUCAUCAUCUUCUUCUUCACAACCCAUAAGAUCAAAACCAUGGACAAUGAUAAUCUAGAUAUGUUCUCAAGGCUCACAAGCUCUCUCCUUGUUCUGAUUGUUAGCUAUUUGCCUUUCAAAGAAGCAGCAAGAACAAGCGUCCUGUCGAAGCAGUGGCGCAACGUUUGGCGUGAGACCACAUACCUGGAGUUUGAUGAGAAAUCCUUUGUGAAUCUUGAAGAAACUGAUGAGAAUCAGAGAAUUCAAAGGAGUUUUUUCUUUGAUUUCAUCAGGCAAUUCCUAGCAAACUACCCUCGAACGCCUAUUCAGAAAUUCUCACUGACUUGUUCAAAACCAGAGGGUUUCCUUGCAGACAUCCAAAACUUUGUCAUUUUCGCCAUUUCAAGAAACGUCAAGGACCUAGAACUCGACUUCUCUGAUCCUAUCUGGAGAGAAGAAGACGAUCCUAAGAAUCAUCCAGCAGCAGUUGAAUUGCCUUUCCAGGUUUAUCAACAUCUGGGUCUUGAGUCUUUGAAAUUAAUUUCAUGCAAUUUUGAUUUAUCCAGGUUCAGCAAUUCUACCACCCUGAAAGGGGUUUCUUUAGUAUGGGUAGAUAUGAGUUUGGCUUCUAUCGAAAUCUUGUUGCUGAGAUUCCCAUUUCUAGAGAGUCUGAGUUUGAAGAAGUGUUGGAACAUCCAUCACGUCGAGAUCACCGUGCCAAACCUGAGGCUGAAGAAUCUAGUUCUUGACAAGUGCCAUUUCAAUCGAAAUUACUACUACAUUGAUGGACCAACGUUACGGUUCUUAAAGUUCUCAGGCAGAGUUGGUAUCUUUCAGUUAGUUAAUCUAACUCAAAUAGAAGAGGCUGAUCUUGACUUUGGGAUGGAGCCCGAGUUUGAUGAUAUUGGUAUACUUCUUUAUUAUUUCCUGGAAGCGGUUUGUGCUGCUAAAGUUUUGACUCUGUGCAGUGUCCUUCUUCAGGAAAUUGUUCCCACUAGUCAUGAACCAGUGAGGUUGCGAGCCCCGCUAGCUGUCCGCCAUCUGAUCUUGAAAACUGCAAUGCACCCCAAUGAGUUUUAUGGGGUGAGGUUCAUGUUCAGGAAUUGCCCAAAACUUGAGAUCCUCACCUUUGAAAUAUGCCCUGCAAAAAUUUUUCCUGAUUACGAACCUCCCUUUGAAUUAAAUCCUUCAGAAUUUUGGUCAGAGGAGAUAUGGGUCCAAAUGUGCAUGAAGAAAAGUCUUAAAGUGAUAAAUGUAAAGGGCUUCAAAGGCACACCAAAUGAAUUGUAUAUUCUAAGAUACAUAAUCAUGUGUGCUCGCAAACUUAGAAAAGUAAAUUUUUAUGUCUUUGAUGGAGAUGACCUUGAAGAAAUUUGGGAGAAAUUUUGUUAUUUGAGACAGGUUCCUAGCUCUUCAAAGAAUCUAAAAACUCACAUUCAACUUAUUAGCAUGGAUACAUAA